CCGAGUCACACCGUUAUUAUUUAAAUUAUUUAUCUUUCCUUUUCGUGGAAACUAUGGGUAAAAGGAAACGUUCGAGAUCGCGAUCUAGAAGUGAUAUACGUAGGAAAGUGAAAAAAUUGGAACGAAAACUGGAGAAAUAUAAAAAAUGUGCACCAAGGUCAUCAUCGUCGGAAACAUCGGAUAAUCCAGAAAGAGAAUGGUCAGCGGCUGAAUUCGAAAACACAGAUAAUUUCACAAAUCCAGAUGACGUUUUCACACUGGAUGAUGAGGAACCUCUGCCUGGCCCAUCUAGAUUGAGCGCCCCACCAUUGCCUCCGUCAAUGUCGCAAGCGACCACUACAACAAAAGAUACCCUUACCAUCAACAAUGAAGAACUUAUUAAUGAAGGUCAGCCGGUGGACGAACCCUCUAGUUUGGAUCCUGAAAUCCUGCAGAUUUUAGGUGAGGAUCCUUCUAAUCUCAAGGAGUAUGGCGAACAUCUUCAUAAAGACUUAGCAUCAAGAUGGUCUCAUAUAGUAACGAAUGGACUAAACAAAGAAAUCAAACAGGAACUUUUAAAAAAGUACCUUACACCGGAAAAUUGUAAAAACCUAAAAGCACCUAAACUUAACCUGGAAGUCAAAGCUGCACUAAAUGACUUUAACAUAAAGAAGGAUUCCUACAAUCAGAUGAAGCAAAAUCAGUUGUCAAGUGCACUUACCGCCAUAGGAUCAGCCUUGAAUAUGAUACUUUCAUCAAAAGAUUCAUCAAACCAGCAAUUACAACAAUUAAUACAACCUCUUAGUGAUGCCGCUCGUUUAAUCUGCGACUGUCAUUACAAAGAAUCUGUGUCAAGAAGAUUCGAUAUCACUAAGAUAUUAAACAAAGAAACCAAAGAUAUGGUAAAAAACAGUAAAAUUGAUGAAUACUUGUUUGGAUCAGAUCUAGCCGAUCAGUUGAAGUGUCACAAAGCUAUUGCCAAGUCGGGGUUGGAGAUGAAAGCAGUGAGCACCGCACGCGUGGCAUUUAGACAAACUCCGACAACCCAAACACAACGAGGAGCUUUAAACGCGAGGGGGACGACGCGGGCAACUGCCGGCGGGACGCGUCGAAAUCCCACACCCCGGAGGCCGGCGCCGGCGCCCACGCGAGAUCGGCAGUACACGCAGAACACAUCCAACUCCGGAACGACGCCGCGGAACUACAGCUCACGCGCACGGACGACGACGCGGAGGCGCCACUAAAUAACCAGACAGUGCCACCCUCUGCACGCAGACCUUAUCCUGGUGGCAGCGAAAUUAUCAGGAAGGCGCUAGCCAACAGCGGUAUGCCUUCCUCUUCCCUAAAUAUUUUUAUGGCGUCAUUCGCUCAAAAUACUCUUAAACAGUAUGAUUCGUAUUUGAGAUCAUGGUGGUCAUUUUGUAAUAAUCACAAUUAUGACAUUUACAGGGCCAAUGUGGUUCAAGUGAUUGAAUUUUUAACCUCGAAAUUUGAAGAUGGUUGUGGUUAUAGUACAUUAAAUUCAAUAAGAUCAUCUCUAGCCAUAAUAUUGAAUAAACAAACUGUGGGUGACAGCCAUAUUAACAGAUUUCUUAAGGGAGCCUAUAAAUUGAGGCCAUGUGUCCCCAAAUACGAUGUAACGUGGGAUACCAAUAUUGUACUUAAUUACUU